AUGGAAAGUAAAUUUAUUUCAUCAAAGGAAAUAGAAGAAGCUAGGCUUAAGAGGCAGGAAGAAUGGAAGAAAGCUUUUGAAAGAAUAAACGAAAAACCACCUCCUAUUGAGGAGGAUUAUGAUCCUCGAACAUUAUACGAGAGGUUACAAGAACAAAAAAUGAAAAAGGAGGAAGCGUUUCAGGAGAUGAAUAGAUACAGCAAUUUAAUUCAUAGGCUGGACGAGGAUGAGAUAGAAUUCUUGGCUACGGUAGAAAGUGAAGAACGUGUUAAAGAAUUAGAAAAGAUGAAGAAAGACGAGGUUGAACUCGAAAAUUUUAGGCAAGCUGCAGCUGAAGCUGAUAAGGUUGCAAUUUCAAAACCAAUUGCACAUGAACCAGCUCCGGCACCAGUAAAAAAUACUCUAAAACAAGAUUCACAACGAAAGAUAUUAGCGAAUGCGGUGAAGAAAACCGUCAAAUCAACACGCAGUAAAUCGUUACCGCCGGUAACCAUCGAGCCUCCAUCAUCAACUAGUGAUCAAGUAUUAUCGCCGAUUAUCAUAGAACAAUCAUCUCAUGCCAUCAAACGAGAACCACAUGAUUCUGAUGAUGAACAGAUCAGAGAGAAUAAGCGAAUUAAAACUAAAGAAUCAAAUGAUCUUUCAACAGAAAAGGAAAUUGCAAAGAUUUCAAAAGAAGGUUCAUCUUUGCAAACGUUCAAUGCAACCUCUAAAUCUAUACCGCAUAACGAAAGAACUUUUGUUGAAGGGAAAGACUCGAUAGAAACGACCAAUAAAAGUAAACCCUUAAACCCUUUGUUAUCAUUGCUUGUAUAUAGCGAUGACAGUGAUGACGAAGACACCUCAUGA